AUGCUCCUAUUGGUAGAUAUAAACCAAAGCGGCAGGGGUCAAAGCGCCAUACCAUGUGAUUCGCUCCCUCCCUCUUGGCUUAUGCCUCGUCAUCAAUGCAGGGGUCAUUGGCAGAAGUUAGAGCCUAACAACGUUAUUGCAGCAAUCCGAAACGAUGCAAUGCACGGGAUUUCUGAGCAUGAUAUACAUCGUAAGGCAACAGAUCAUUACCAUAUGGCAACAAAUACGACGAUCAAUAAAUACAACAGACGCUCUUCUCGCGUCGAUGCUUCUAUCUUUGCAUUCACAAAUAUUUUGCUUCGCCAUCCAUCAGCCAUUCCUUCUUCACUCGAUGUCAUCAUGGAGAGAAGGGACGAUGGCGUUGAUAUAGGAUCGGCAUCUCUUCAUAAACAACCGCCAAGAACAAUGGCAUUAAUUUAG